GCCAACAUGGACACAUUUGGCGGAGAAGAUUUAUUUUCUGUAUUUGGCGAAAAUGAAGAAAAAACAAAUGAGAAAUCCCAGAGUUCUGGAAAGAAGAAACGGCCGGUAUCCCAAGAGACAACUGGUAAAAGAUCUGACCAAGAAAGGGCUGAAGAUCUUCUCCGUAGUAUCACUGAUAAACGACCACAGAGUGAACAAAAUGUGCAAGAGAAGACAGCCAAAAAGUUCAAAGCAGAUAUCAAGGAAGAGAUCAGUCUGACAGAGGUUAUGCCACGUAUCCAGAUUCAUAGAGUUGAUACAGUGGAGGCCUGUUUACAUGAGGUUGCUAUCCCACCAGAUGCAGAGUUUGUUCCCCUUAAACCUUCAGUAGAAAAGCCAGCAAAGGAGUACCCAUUCAUUCUUGAUCCGUUUCAAAAGGAAGCUGUGUUGUGUCUAGAGAACAGCCAGUCUGUGUUGGUGUCUGCCCAUACGUCAGCUGGAAAAACUGUUGUGGCUGAGUAUGCUAUAGCUAUGUCACUAAGGAGCAAACAAAGGGUGAUCUACACAACACCAAUCAAAGCCCUCAGCAACCAGAAGUAUAGGGAAAUGAUGGAGGAGUUCCAGGAUGUAGGCUUGAUGACUGGGGACGUCACCAUCAACCCAAAUGCCAGCUGUCUCAUUAUGACCACAGAGAUUUUGCGUAGUAUGUUGUACCGUGGAUCAGAGGUGAUGAGAGAAGUGGCUUGGGUCGUGUUUGACGAGAUACAUUAUAUGCGGGACAAAGAGAGGGGUGUUGUUUGGGAGGAGACUAUCAUAUUACUACCAGACAACGUACAUUAUGUUUUCUUGUCUGCCACAAUUCCGAAUGCAAGGCAGUUUGCAGAGUGGAUCUGCUAUCUGCACAAACAGCCUUGCCAUGUUGUGUAUACUGAAUACCGUCCAACACCAUUACAACAUUACAUCUUCCCAGCUGGAGGGGAUGGCAUUCAUCUAGUAGUGGAUGAAAACGGUGAAUUUCGUGAAGAGAAUUUCAACGCGGCCAUGAAUGUGUUAAAAGAUGCUGGGGAUGCUGCUAAAGGUGACCGUCGAGGCAGGAGAGGGGGAGUCAAAGGAGGUAAUGAGUCAAACUGUUUCAAAAUUGUGAAAAUGAUCAUGGAGCGAAGUUUUGCCCCUGUCAUCGUGUUCAGCUUUAGCAGGAAAGAAUGUGAAGCUUAUGCACUACAGAUGUCAAAACUUGACUUUAACACAGAGGAAGAAAAAGGCAUGAUAGAAGAAGUUUUUAACAAUGCCAUUGAUGCAUUGUCAGAUGAGGAUAAAAAGCUGCCUCAGGUAGAGCAUGUUCUUCCAUUGUUAAAGAAAGGUGUUGGGAUUCAUCACUCCGGACUCCUGCCCAUCCUAAAAGAAACCAUUGAGAUUCUUUUUGCGGAAGGACUCAUUAAGGCCCUGUUUGCCACAGAGACAUUUGCUAUGGGGCUUAACAUGCCUGCCAGAACUGUGCUUUUCACCAGCUGCAGGAAAUUUGAUGGUAAAGAUUUCAGAUGGUUAACCUCUGGAGAAUACAUCCAGAUGAGUGGGCGUGCAGGAAGGCGUGGCCUUGAUGACCGAGGCAUUGUGAUACUCAUGGUUGAUGAAAAGAUGAGUCCUUCUGCCGGUAAACUAAUUGUCAAGGGUAAAGCAGAUGCACUGAACAGUGCAUUCCAUCUGACCUACAAUAUGGUGUUAAACCUGCUUCGUGUGGAGGAGAUCAACCCAGAGUACAUGCUGGAGAGGUCCUUUUUCCAGUUCCAGAAUUAUGCAGCCAUACCAGAACUCUAUGAAAAAUUGAAGGAGCUAGAAGAAAAGUACAAUAGUCUUUCCAUUCCCAAUGAAGAUAAUGUGUCCUCAUACUACAAGAUCCGUCAACAGCUUGAUAACUUGGGGAAGACCUUGAUAUCCUACAUACAGAAACCUCAGUAUAUAUUACCUUUUCUCCAACCAGGCAGAUUGAUACAGGUAAAAAAUGGUGAGGAAGACUUUGGCUGGGGUAUGGUUGUCAACUUUCAGAAGAAGGCAAAUCAAUCAGAUGCCCCAGUUGUGGGUGAGCCCAGUUACGUGGUAGAAGUCCUGUUACACCUGACCAAGGAUAGUGCCCGAAGCAAUCGCACAUCUGCGGUCAAACCAUGUCCUCCAGGAGAAAGGGGAGAGAUGCAGGUCGUUCCUGUUUUGUUGUCUUUGGUAAAGGCUAUCAGUUCAAUCCGAGUCUAUUUUCCAUCAGACCUUCGACCAGUAGACAACAGACAGAGUGUACUCAAGUCCAUUCAGGAAGUUCAGAAGAGGUUACCUGAUGGCCUGCCUUUACUGGAUCCCGUAGAAGACAUGGGAAUAAAGGAGAAGGGCCUAGGAGAUGUGGUCAGGAAAAUCGAAGCCUUUGAGCAACGUCUUUAUUCUCAUCCACUACACAAAGAUGCCAAGCUACCAGAGCUUUAUGAUCAAUAUUCAAAGAAAGCACAGGUUGGUUCUGAAAUUAAAUCCCUGAAGUCUGAACUGAAAAAAAAGAAGUCAUUGCUGCAGAUGGAUGAAUUGAAAUGUCUGAAGCGUGUGUUGAGGAGAAUGGGUUAUGCCACAGCCUCUGAUGUGAUAGAAAUGAAGGGAAGAGUGGCAUGUGAAAUUAGCACAGCUGAUGAAUUACUACUCACAGAACUGCUGUUCAAUGGUGUUUUCAAUGAGCUCAAUGUUCAGCAAUGCUGUGCCCUUCUUAGCUGUUUUGUUUUCCAAGAGAAGGCCAAUGAAAUGCCCAAGCUGACCGAGGCUCUUUCUGGUCCCCUAAGGAUAAUGCAGGACACAGCCAGGAGGAUAGCACGGGUGAGUGCUGAGGCCAAGAUUGAGUUGGACGAAGAGACAUACGUGGAAUCAUUCAAGCCUCAAAUGAUGGAUGUGGUCAAUGCCUGGGCUUCAGGGGUAACAUUUGGUCAAAUCUGUAAAAUGACAGAUGUAUUUGAAGGCAGUAUUAUAAGGUGUAUGAGGCGGUUGGAGGAGACUCUGAGACAAAUGGUGCAGGCAGCAAAAGCCAUUGGGAACACAGAGUUGGAAAAUAAAUUCUCAGAAGGGAUACGAAAAAUCAAGAGGGACAUUGUCUUUGCUGCCAGUUUGUACUUGUGAUAAUUGCAUCACCUGAAGAUCCUGUUGGGAGAUCCUUUUGACUGUAAUUGUCGAUCAAGUACUACAUAAUCAUGGACGUCAUGACAAUUAUUUAAUCAUGAUCUGACAGGACGUACCAGCAUACUGCAUUGUAAAAUUAUCAGAAACCAUUUUAUGGAGAGUUCCUGGUCAAAGAGUUUUAUCAGGAAUGAAACCUCAGUGCAUCAGCUUGUGUCCAGUGCCUAUAUUUUGAUUGGACAGGAUACAAAAACCCAUUUAUAAAUAUUUGUGUUCUGUUCAUUGGGAACUUACAGACAUGUGCCCAAUUUUGCCAUAAGAAAAGAAAACUCAUUUAUAGCACAACCCCAAAAGGAUUUGAUGUACCAGUAGGUACGGUUUUAUAAAAAGGUUUGAAAAAUAUCGUGGGAGAGAUUCUAUUAGUUACAUGGUUACUCA